UCCGCUCCCGGCAGCCGCAUGGCCGCGGAGGCUCCGGGCGGGCGGCCGGGGCCGGGAGCGCCCUGCGGAGAUGGAACUGGUCUGACCCCCAGCAGCUCCCAGCAGCCUCCCCAGCCCCACCUGCACUAACCCGGCCCGGGCUCACCAUGGCAGCAGGGGUGGCAGCGUGGCUGCCCUUCGCCAGGGCGGCUGCCAUAGGAUGGAUGCCAGUGGCCAACUGCCCCAUGCCGCUGGCUCCCACGGAGAAGAACAAGAGGCAGGAUGAGCUGAUCAUCCUCAACGUGAGCGGCAGGCGCUUCCAGACCUGGAGGACUACACUGGAGAGGUACCCGGACACUCUCCUGGGCAGCACGGAGAAGGAGUUCUUCUUCAACGAAGACACCAAGGAGUACUUCUUUGACCGGGACCCCGAGGUCUUCAGGUGCAUCCUCAAUUUUUACAGAACUGGCAAGCUGCACUACCCCAGGUACGAGUGUAUCUCUGCCUACGACGAAGAGCUGGCCUUCUACGGGAUCCUGCCCGAGAUCAUCGGGGACUGCUGCUACGAAGAGUACAAGGACAGGAAGCGGGAGAACGCCGAGCGCCUGAUGGACGACAACGACUCGGAGAACAACCAGGAGGGCUCCAUGCCCUCGCUGAGCUUCCGGCAGACCAUGUGGCGCGCCUUCGAGAACCCCCACACCAGCACCUUAGCCUUAGUCUUUUACUACGUCACUGGGUUCUUCAUCGCCGUCUCGGUGAUCACCAACGUGGUGGAGACCGUGCCCUGCGGCUCCGUGCCGGGGAGCAAGGAGCUGCCCUGCGGGGAGCGCUACGCCGUGGCCUUCUUCUGCCUGGACACGGCGUGCGUGAUGAUCUUCACCGUCGAGUACUUGCUGCGGCUGUUCGCGGCGCCCAGCCGCUACCGCUUCAUCCGCAGCGUCAUGAGCAUCAUCGACGUGGUGGCCAUCAUGCCCUACUACAUCGGCCUGGUGAUGACCAACAACGAGGACGUCAGCGGGGCCUUCGUCACGCUGAGGGUUUUCAGGGUUUUCAGGAUUUUCAAGUUCUCCCGCCAUUCCCAAGGCCUGAGAAUCUUGGGCUACACUUUGAAGAGCUGUGCCUCCGAGCUUGGCUUUCUCCUCUUUUCCCUCACUAUGGCAAUCAUCAUCUUUGCAACUGUGAUGUUUUAUGCGGAGAAAGGGUCCUCGGCGAGCAAAUUCACCAGUAUUCCUGCUUCCUUUUGGUACACUAUUGUAACCAUGACAACGCUGGGCUACGGGGACAUGGUGCCCAAGACCAUCGCGGGGAAGAUCUUUGGCUCCAUCUGCUCCCUCAGCGGGGUGCUGGUGAUCGCCCUGCCUGUGCCCGUCAUCGUCUCCAACUUCAGCCGCAUCUACCACCAGAACCAGCGCGCCGACAAGCGCCGGGCGCAGAAGAAGGCGCGCCUGGCGCGGAUCCGCGUGGCCAAGACGGGCAGCUCCAACGCCUACCUGCACAGCAAGCGCAACGGGCUGCUCAACGAGGCCCUGGAGCUCCCGGGAUCCACCGAGGAGGAGCAGCACAUGACUAAAGGCACCUCCUUAAUCGAGAGCCAACACCACCAUCUGCUGCACUGCCUGGAAAAAACAACUGGAUUGUCCUAUCUUGUGGAUGAUCCCCUGUUAUCUGUACGAACUUCCACCAUCAAGAACCACGAGUUCAUCGACGAGCAGCUGUUCGAGCAGAACUGCAUGGAGAGCUCCCUGCAGAACUACCCCUCGUCCCGGAGCCCGUCCGUGUCCAGCCAGGCGGGGCUGGGCGCGUCCUGCUGCUCGCGGCGGCACAAGCGGAGCGCGGCGCUGCCCAACUGCAGCGUGCCCGCCACGCGGCUGCGGAGCAUGCAGGAGCUGAGCACCAUCCACAUCCCGGGCAGCGAGCAGCCCUCGCUCACCGCCAGUCGCUCCAGCCUCAACAUGAAGUCGGACGACGGGCUGAGGCCGAACUGCAAAGCCGGGCAGAUCACCACGGCCAUCAUCAGCAUCCCCACGCCGCCGGCGCUGACGCCCGAGGGCGAGAGCCGGCCCGGCCCGGGCAGCCCCGGGCCCGCCACGAACGUUCCCAACAUCGUCAAGGUCUCGGCCUUGUGA